CAUAACCCCUAAAUCCAAACAUCGACCCCUUUCGUCUUCUUACUAAUCCCUUGCAAGUAAAUUACAAUGGCGCCAUCCACUCAGCCUUUCUUUGCAACUACCACGCUUACUAUAUUUCUGAUAAUGCUCAGUCUCCGCCUAAACCCAUCCCACGCCGCCAGACCACUCCCAGCCAACAGCAAGACGGCGACGUCGGCGUCGACCAACGCCGCCGAGCUGUUCGUAAAAAGCGCGUGCAGUUCCACAACUUACCCAGACCUCUGCGUCAGCUCCCUAUCUUCCUAUUCCAGCAGCAUAAACAAAAGCCCAAUGCUCCUCGCCCACACCGCCCUUUCCGUCAGCCUCGACGGCGCGCGGUCCGCCUCCACUGCCAUGCGGUCCAUGUCCACUGGCGGCGGGCGCUUGAGUCCGCGCGAGGCGGGCGCGAUGAGAGAUUGUGUGGAGAACGUCGGCGACUCCAUCGACGAGCUGCGAGACUCGUUGAGCGAGAUGGGGACUCUGCGCAUGGGCAAGGAUUUGGCUUAUAAGAUCAACAGCAUACAGACGUGGGUGAGCGCCGCGCUCACCGACGACGACUCCUGCAUGGAAGGAUUCAGAGGGAAGCGCAUGGAUGGUACUGUGAAGACCGCAGUGAGGGGUCCUAUAGUCAACGUGGCUCAUCUGACCAGUAAUGCUCUCGCCCUCAUCAAUGCUCUUGCGUCUUCCACCACCCACUCCGGCGCCGUUGCUCCGUGAUAUAUCUCAUCAUCGUCGUCGACGUCUCUUCUCUUAGUUACAUCUACAUGUAAUCUUAGUCAUUAAGUACUACUUAAUUUCCGCGUGUUAUAUGUGCUGUACGAGCAUGAUAAAAUUAGUGAUUAGUUAUCCUUAAUUUUGUGAUUAAUGAAUAGCUCAAGGAAGUUCAUUUGGAUUUUA